GCGCUGCCACAGUGGCGGGAUUGAGGAUCCCGACCAGUGAGGUGCCUGCGGCUUCGCGCUCCUCCUCCUCCCAAAUAAACAGCCCUCCCCACGCCGGGAGCCCGGGCCGCCCCCUUCCUCGCGCAGCCGGCGUGUGGUGAGGGAGCGCGGGACUGAAGGACCAAGGGACCGAGGGAGCGGCGCACACGCGUGUGAGCGAGUGAGCGAGCGACCGGCCGGCACGAAGUCGGAGCAGAAACCGGAGCCACAGCCGAAGCCUGAGUCGGAGCGGUACCGAAGCCGAAGCCGAAGCGGGACUCCGGGCCGGCGCGCACGCACGCACGCACGCGGGGGGCGGGGCCGGCGCGCGCCCGCUUGUCGCGACUGUCGGCUCCUAGGCCCAGGGGGAGGUGGCCUGUCGCGGGUCGCCCGGCUCCCGGAGGCGAAGGGGGCGCGGGCGGAUGGCGGAAGGUGGCCAGCCGCAGCAGCAGCCGCCUCAGCUUGGGCCCGGUGCCACUGCCCGGGGCAUGAAGCGGGAGUCGGAGCUGGAACUGCCGGUGCCCGGAGCGGGGCCAGACGGACCCGAGCCCGGCGUGAGCAAGCGGCCGCGCACCGAGGAGACGGCCGACGGCGGGAUGCAGAACGAGCCACUGACCCCUGGUUAUCAUGGAUUCCCAGCACGGGACAGUCAGGGUAACCAGGAGCCAACAACAACUCCUGACGCAAUGGUUCAGCCUUUUACCACCAUCCCGUUCCCACCACCUCCACAGAACGGAAUUCCCACAGAAUACGGAGUGCCACACACUCAGGACUAUGCCGGCCAGACCAGUGAACAUAAUCUGACACUCUACGGGAGUACACAGGCCCACGGAGAGCAAAGUAGCAAUUCACCCAGCAACCAAAAUGGAUCUCUCACGACAGAAGGUGGAGCACAGACAGAUGGACAACAGUCACAGACACAAAGUAGUGAAAAUUCAGAGAGUAAAUCCACCCCCAAGCGACUACAUGUCUCUAAUAUUCCCUUCCGCUUCCGGGACCCUGACCUCCGGCAGAUGUUUGGGCAGUUUGGCAAAAUCCUAGAUGUGGAAAUAAUCUUUAAUGAGCGCGGCUCCAAGGGAUUCGGGUUCGUAACUUUCGAGAAUAGUGCUGAUGCAGACAGGGCCAGGGAGAAAUUGCACGGCACCGUGGUAGAGGGCCGUAAAAUCGAGGUGAAUAAUGCCACAGCACGUGUCAUGACCAAUAAGAAGAUGGUCACACCAUAUGCAAAUGGCUGGAAAUUAAGUCCAGUAGUUGGAGCUGUGUAUGGCCCUGAAUUAUAUGCAGCCUCCAGCUUUCAAGCUGAUGUGUCCCUAGGCAAUGAGGCGGCUGUGCCCUUGUCAGGAAGAGGAGGCAUCAACACUUACAUUCCUCUAAUCAGUCUCCCUUUAGUUCCUGGCUUUCCUUACCCAACUGCAGCCACCACGGCAGCUGCGUUCAGAGGAGCCCAUCUGAGGGGCAGAGGGCGGACAGUGUAUGGUGCAGUCCGAGCGGUGCCUCCAACAGCCAUCCCCGCCUAUCCAGGUGUGGUUUACCAGGACGGAUUUUACGGUGCUGACCUCUAUAUAGAAUCUGCAAACUGCUUCAGAUCAAACAGGGUGGAUAUGCAGCCUACAGAUAUGCACAGCCUGCUACUGCAACCGCAGCCACAGCUGCUGCAGCCGCUGCAGCCGCUUACAGCGACGGUUACGGCAGGGUGUACACAGCUGACCCCUACCAUGCCCUCGCCCCUGCCGCCAGCUAUGGAGUUGGCGCUGUGGCGAGUUUGUACCGAGGUGGCUACAGCCGAUUUGCCCCCUACUGAAGUGACGUGAGACCCCUGCAAAUGGGACAGCCCCCAGUUCAUGAGGCCUGGCUAUUGCAAUAUUUACUAGUAGAGGACUCUAUAGCAAGAUGAAGAGGAAAACAGACAAACAAAAAAGAGAGAAUACUUUUUUAUACCUCACUAUGUUCUUUGAAUAUGUAUUUUUCCUUUAAAUUUCUGCCUUUAAUUCUUUUGUUCCAAAGAUUGUGCUUUUUUUUGUUUGUUUGUUUGUUUGUUUUUUGGUUUUGAUUUUUUUGGGGUUUUUUGUUUUGGGGGGAGGAUUGUUUUGGGGUUUUUUUGGGGAGGAUUGUUUUUGAUUUUUUUUUGUUAUUUUAAUUUUUUUUAACUGGUUAAAAAAAGAUACUGCAUUUCCACAUCUAUACGUUCGUGCUUAGCUUGUUCUGUUAGUCACAGAAGAGGCAGCCCAGGAGGAAGGAGCUGAGAAACGUAUUGGAUCAGAAGCCAGCAGACAGAAUUACCAAAGUGUAUCUGGUGCUGAGUGGCUGGGGGACAAGCAGAGUGGGCCAGCUCUGCAGCAGUGUGUUCUUCUGGCCUGUCUUUGGCCAGAGACUCUGACUGGCUGUGGCUGGAAUCCACAGGCCGCUAGAUAGGAGUCUGUUUGUGCUUGUAAAACAGGAGAAUUUAAAAGAUGCUUUUCUCUCCUCUUCCCUCCUGGCUUUGCAUUCUUUUUACAAUCAUUUACACUCACAGCCUGCGAGUGCUGGCAUGGUUUGGGAAUACAGAGCUGGUAUUUCCCAGCAUGCUCUCAGGCUGCGGGUAAGAGACACCUCAGUAGAAAACUGAUCUUGGAGUGAGCUCCAGAAUAGGAAACAGAAACCCCCAGCAUUCCUGCUGGGCUGCUGCCCCUUUAGUUGAGCCACUGUGCAGCUCAUCUAUUCUUUUAUUAACAUGCUACUCCCAUGUCCUCAAGAUUCAGGAAUCUAGGACCCAGGGACAGAAGAAUGAGUAGUCAGUGGCCAGAUCCCCCAGGUAUCUGGGCACAGCUUGAGGACUGAAAGUACAGAUUGUUAGAGCCAUUAAAGAGUGUGUAGGAGAGAAUGGAUGUCCAGCCUGGUGUCCCUUCCUUCUCCUGCAGCACAAAGUCAGUGCAGAGUGACACAGGCAUCAGAAAGCCUCUGCUGGGGUAGGACGAGGAACCAAGCCCUAGUUCGGCUGUCCCUGCAGUGUGGUAAUCAGGUAGGGCAGGCAGAGGCACUUUGUACUCACUCCAAAGCCAUAGGAACUUCCAUCUUCCAAAGCCUCAUGAGUCUCCCACCCCUGUGACCACUGCACCCAGCUUCACACUGUCCUCCAGAGUCCCAGCAAGCACCCGAACCCCUUGGGGAACAUGAACAGGACAGGCCAUGGAAUCCAAGCCUACCUUGGAAGAAGGGCGUAAAAUGCAAGGUCCUCCUGCAGGGGCCUUGACAGUGAAACCUGGCUUCAGUUUUGUUUCCAAAGGACUUCUCCCCUAGAUCUGAGGUGUGCCUGAUAUGACAAGGGUCCCAGAGAGGCUCCAGAAUGCAAGCAGUAGGAAAAGGGCACAUCAGAUGGCUCCCUGGUCAGUUUACCUAAGGAGUCGCUGCUAAAGGGAGUAGUUUAGAGACACUAGCUUCGGCUUUGUUUUGGUUUGUUUUAGGUUUAUUUUUAUUGGGGUUUUGGUUCUUUUGUUACUGUUUUUGCCUCUGCCUCUACACGUUUUUGACUGAUAAAUGAUUCGUGUCCCUGAAUUAAAAUGGCUGACGUUUGACCGCAUCGAGCAUCCUUUGUAAGCCGGGCCCUGGCCUGCAGUUGGACAGACUGUCCUGCUCUCAGAUCCUAUCUCCUGUGAUAUCUGAGGAGACAGCAUGGAAGCCAGAGACUUCAGUGUAGUCAUUGAUUCUGGGACAAUGUGUAGAUUGGGAAAUAAGAUUGGCCAUCCACUGGCCAUUUAUGGAGUCCUUUCCCCAAGGCCAAAGUUUGGUUUGUUGUUGCUGUUGUGACAGUUUUCUUUGUCUGUACAUGAAUAUUUUAGUUGGGGGGGAAGGGAUGGGCUAGGGCCUUUUGGAGUUCUAGAGAAUGAGGGCAGAGAUAUUUUUGUUUCUUUUACUUCAUUUUGAGAGAAUUUCCUGACUAAAGGAACAGAAAUUUGGGGUCAUGUUUAAUGAGGGCCAUUCUAAUAAAAAGGCCUCUUCACCCAAGGAAGACUAGGCCAAUCCCUCAGCAGCUAUCUCCACAGAGGGAGGAAUGGGAAAAGAAUUGAAGAAGGCAUCUUUUCUUUCUCCUAGACAGGAGUAAGGGUGGCCCUGGCAGGGUGAGGAAGGUAAUUCCCAUGGCCCAUGCUGGAGGGGCCUUCACGCACUUCAGUUCAGCUGGUUCUGGCUGAGGCCUCCAAGGCCAGUUGUUUGCCAGUGUGUCUGUGCUUCGUGUACAAGGACACUCUCCCAUGCCACUUCCUCGGCUUCCUUUUCCAAGGAAGACUAGAUGGAAUUGGCUUUUUAUGCAAAGGUCUUUGGAUUUCAGGGUGAGCACUGAGAGUUGAGGCUCCCCCAGGUGUCUGGAUUCCACUGUAUCUGCCUCAUGGUUGGUCCUCAAGGCCACAGUGCUGGCAUGUUGGACGGCUUUGGGAAGCGAGCUGGAGGAGACGGGCAUUUGUGACUAUAGAGGAUGCUGGGUGGUGGUCUCCAAGAUGACUGAUGUUACAGCGCAGCAUGGGACUGAUGAUGCUCAGCUUUGCAGGCUGGUGUAGCCUGAGCUUUCUCUGCUGCGACUCCUACUUAGAGGCUGAGAUCCUUUAAGGAGACUUGUAGUGAAAACGUUUGUCUGGCUGUCCCUCUUUCAGCCCAGAGAGCUGCCUUAGGUCUUUUCUAGCAUUUCUGUGUUACUUAGUUUGAACUCAGCCCAGAUCCACCGUGUUACCUGUCAUUUUUAAGGCUCUCAGGUUUCCCGGAACCUCCUGUCACCAGUCACCAUCACCCCUGCAGCGGCCACAGUCUGAAUUGAGCCAGCAUGCUUUCUUCCCUUGGAAACGAUCUGGCACUUGGCUCUUAGUUUAAGGGGAGCUCGUGGCUUUUCUGAAAAUGUGGACCUCCUCAGGGGCUGAACUGCUUAGUUUAGGCUGUGCGUUCCUAGAGGAGCAGCCUGCAGAUCUGUGACCACCUCCAUCCUGUACCUAGUCAUGUAGCUUCCAGACAUAAGGGACUGUGAGAUGAAUGGAGCAUCCCCAAGGAUAUGCAAGAAGAGCAUAGUGCACCCCCGUUCCUGUGCCAGGCGAACAAGACCAACCAAGGGCAGUCUGGAACACAGGUGUGUCAGGAGGGGUAGGGAGCUGCCUGCCGAACCUUCCCCUUUGGCCCAGCCAGUUCUCCACUACUCAAAACUCUAGCAUGGCAAUGUUUGCAGAACUGCAGACUUUUCCCCAGAUAUUAGGAGGAAAGGGACUUUGGGGGGUGGGGAAGGGGUUGUGGUGUUUAAAGCAUAAGUUACCUGUUUGCACUGUUUUCAGAUAGGAAACAAUAGUGGGCACGGUGAACAUCUGAUGUGAACGUGUGUUUUAUUUUGUCAUGCUCUUGAGAAUGUCUGACCAUUUGUAGUAUACACCAGUGACACUUGAUUCUCUGUUGCAUAAAACACUAUAUUUUUGGAAAUGUUGCUGUCCGGAAGCCUCUUCCCCUGCCUUCCCUCUCCUGUGUUCUUCCUUUACCUUUGCUUUCCUCAUCAGCCAGGCAAUUGCCAUGCCCGAGCCAGAGCGGGAAACAGGGCCCCACCCCAAGCAGGCUCUGGGUGUCCUAACCAGCAUGUGCCCUCUAGGUUACUGAGUGCAGGACAGUCCUUGGCAACUAUCCUUAUGAAAGGCUCACCAACUACCACAGGUUGCCGAACUCUUCAGCGAGGCACUGAAAGUGAGCCAGGGGGCACAGGUCCCUGAAAUAUUGUGGUUGGCUGUGGAAGCCAUGCUCUUAUGCAAGUUACCAAAACUGUAGCCAGUUACAGUGUACUCAGGAAAACGGUAGAUGAGUUCAGCCAUGGUGGUGCUGGCUGGCAGGGAUUGGUAACUGAGAACAGCUCAUCAGCCAAAACUCAACCUUGCCUUGAUAGAGACCUCCGGCCUAGGGGGGCAGCCCUCUGUCUGGUAGUUCUGUCCAUGCCAGCACUGGGAGGGCUGCAUUUACCCUGGCAGGCAAAAAGGGAACAGCGAUGCUCUUUCCUUCCCCUCCCCCUUCCGGUUACCAAUGCCAGAUUCCCAGGGGCACGCAAGUUUUUGAGUUUUUCAGAAAAUGCUUUUGGUUUGGUUUUUCCGGGGACUGACAUGCUUUAAUCGCUGUCUGUCCCCAUCAGGACUCCUAGCUUAGCUGUUCUCUUGUAUUUUCUGUUCACAGUAUUUUUGUGUGUGCGUGCUUGUUGGGCAGCUCAUUUUGGCUGCAUUAUAUAUUGAGUGAUGAACUGAUCCUUGUUUUUUUUUCCCCAAGGGACGUGAAUUUUCCCCUUAUGUCACCAUUAUGCUUGUGAAUAGCUAGAGCCAACUGGGGCUGACACGCACAAAGCUAGAGCUGCAGAGAGAACUGAGGCUCCAGGUUUUUGAGUCUCAGUCUUGUCAAGGCUCAAAGUACCACAGAGCCUCUCUCUUCUCCACACCCCUGUGGCAAGGAGUGGCCUGCCUAGUACGUGCAGCUUCCCUGUGGCAGGACAGGUACCACUGGGGCAUGGGGACAUACUCGGAUGCUUGUACAAUUGACCACCUAGCCAUGUCCCUUUCCCUCCCAGCCUCUCCCACAAUCACCCCCUAGGACACCGGAGCUGCUUGCCCAGGGCCCUGUUUCCCUGCUAACUCCAGAGAAGCACUCGGGGCUUGUGACAGUCUCUAACUCCCUCCCUCCUCCUCUCCCUAAGAAUCAUAUUGUAUAGUAGCUUUCAGACCAUACAGUAUUCAUUGGGUUACUCCUAUUAUUAUCAAGUAGCUGGAAUUGUGAAGGUUGGAGUAGUUAGAUCUUUAGCUUUUAUUCCUUAUUUUUUGUAUUACUCUCCAUGUGUAUAAAUUAUUGAUCAUGUUGCUGGCUUUUAUAAACUCUAAGCAGAGGAGGGGCCCUGCCUCAGCCUUUGCAGACGGUAAUGAAGCACUGUUUUUAAAUAAAAGAGAGAAACACCA